CCUCCGAGAUAUCAUUGGCCGUUCUUGAAUGUUUGACAGUGCGCAUUCUUUUGACAGUUGUCAAACCAAGAGGACAGCAUUCUGUUCCUCCAAAAAACCCACAAAUACAACAGAUUUUCACGUUAAAACCGGACCAAAAGUAUUAAUUCAUCAUGAAACCGCUUAUGUUGCACGGGCACGAGCGUGCUAUUAUGCAGAUUAAGUACAAUCGCGAAGGAGAUUUGCUUUUCUCAUGUUCCAAGGAUAACAAACCAAAUGUUUGGUAUUCACUGAAUGGAGAAAGACUUGGCUCCUUCAAUGGCCAUCAGGGAGCAGUCUGGUGUUUGGAUAUUGAUUGGAUGACUAAGAAUUUCAUGUCUGGUGGUGGUGAUAACACCCUGAGACUUUGGGAUUGCCAAACUGGCAAGGAAAUUGGUUGUAUUGCAACCAACUCCUCUGUGAGAACAUGCAACUUCAGUUAUUCAGGAAACAUGGCUGCAUACUCAACAGAUAAAGCCAUGAAGCACAAUUGUGAGAUCUUCAUCAUUGACACUAGGACUGUAGAUGAUGAUAUUUCACAUGCUGAUCCCAUCAUGAGGAUUCCAAUCAAGGAUGGGAGGGUUGCUUCAUUAUUGUGGGGCAAUUUGGAUGAAACACUUCUGACUGGUCAUGAAAGUGGUGAACUUAAUCAGUGGGAUUUGAAGAUGGGUCAUCAUUUAAACUCUACCAAGGAACACACGGGUCUCAUUAAUGACAUGCAGAUGAACAAGGAUGCUACCAUGUUCAUCACCGCCUCUAAAGAUCACACCGCAAAAUUAUUUGAUUCUGAAAGUUUGAUGCUCUUGAAGACGUUCAAAACCGAACGGCCGGUCAAUUCAGCCGCUAUUUCUCCGAUCCACGAUCAUGUUGUUUUGGGUGGUGGACAGGAUGCUAUGGAUGUAACCACUACAUCGUCGCGUGUUGGUAAAUUCGAUUCGCGAUUCUUCCAUUUGGUAUUUGAGGAGGAGUUUGGACGCGUGAAGGGACAUUUCGGACCGAUUAACAGCGUCGCUUUUCAUCCGGAUGGUAAAAGCUACAGUUCUGGUGGUGAAGAUGGUUACGUUCGUUUACAUAAUUUUGAUGCGUCUUACUUUGAUUACGCGUUUGAUUAUUAAAUUGUAAUUACAAGAGGCGAUGAUGAAUAAAACGGUUUUGAUAACGAA